GUCUCUUCUCUCCCUUAACUUUUCUUUUCCUGCACACUAUAAGAACGCAGUACACUCUCUCCUUUCCACUCUCAAACCUUCAAGGAGCUCUCUCUUCCCCCAUCUUGAUUUCUUCAUCCUUCCAUUACAACUUCAAAGAGUCAGGUACAAAGUUUUCCAGAGAGAGAGAGAGAGAGAGAGAUUAGUAUAGGUGGUAAGAAAGAGAACAGAGGAGUUGAAGAAGCAGAGCCAAGAUGCCUAGUGCAGGUUCAUUUCUGAGGCAGCUAAGUGGUAGAGAUGGGACUUCAUCAUCAAACAGAUGGAGCAACAAGAGAAGAUAUGGUGGAGGAGAAGGGUGCCAGAGAAGUCUGAAGCAAAUGGAAGGGCUUAAUAUGUAUGGAGGUGGAGCUGAGAAUGGUGGGUUGGUUAUGAGGAAGAGAGUGAUGGUUGUGGUGGAUCAGUCAGCCCGUUCCAAACAUGCUAUGAUGUGGGCACUCACACAUGUGACCAACAAGGGUGAUCUACUCACUCUCCUCCACAUUGUCCCCCCUCCUUCUCAGAGGGGUUCUGAAAGAAUGUCAGACUCUUCUCCUUGUCUUGCCAACUCUCUUGGGUCCCUCUGCAAGGCUUGCAAACCUGAGGUGGAAGUGGAGGCUUUAGUGAUACAGGGGCCAAAGCUUUCAACAGUGUUAAGCCAAGUGAAGAAACUUGAAGUAUCAAUUUUGGUGUUGGGUCAGAAGCAGCCUUCUCCACUCAACUGCAUGUGUGUUAGCAGCAGUGAUGAGGAUUUUGUGGAGCAGUGCAUCAACAAUGCAGACUGCCUUACAUUUGGGGUGAGGAAGCAGAGCAGAGGCAUGGGCGGGUACCUCAUCAGCACCAGAUGGCAGAAGAACUUCUGGCUCUUGGCUUGACCAACUACUACUAACAAGUUAACUUGAAGCAGAGGAGGAAAAACGUGUGUAGCAUUGGAUCUGGUUCUUCCUUUGUAGAGAAAACUGUGAAAUGUGAAUCUUCUAAUCUCAUGUCAUAGUAAUACUACAGCUUUGUUCUAUUUACCAAGUUCUCUAUGUUAAUUAUCCUUUGUCAACGAGUUCAACCAGAUGUUCUGUAGAAGCUUGGGUUAUGGUUCUAACGAGGCCAUAUAACUAAAACCGAAUUAGAUCAAAUUGUGUAUCUUCUAAAGCUUUCAUGAUUCAACAAUGAAACCAAAGGCUCUCUUGUUCCAUUA